GUUUCAAAUUGAGCAGUCUCUCUGUCUCUCUCUUCCUCUCUCUCUCUCUCUCUCUCCUUCACCUCCUUUACAGGAUUGAAGACCAUCAUCUUCACCAUGACAGAUAACACUACUUUUGACACCAAUGUUAUCACUCUGAACCGCUUUAUGCUGGAGGAGACCAGGAAACACAAAGGCACUGGCGAGUUCAAUCAGCUCAUCAGCAACCUCUGCACAGCCAUCAAAGCCAUCUCCUCUGCAGUCAGGAAAGCUGGCAUCGCCCACCUUUAUGGGAUUGCUGGAACCGUUAACGUGACUGGAGAUCAAGUAAAGAAGUUGGAUGUACUUUCCAAUGACUUGGUUGUCAACAUGUUAAAAUCCUCCUUCAGUACAUGUAUUCUGGUCUCUGAAGAAGAAAAGGAAGCCAUCAUUGUAGAUCCAGAUCAACAGGGAAGGUACAUUGUCUGCUUUGAUCCACUAGAUGGGUCUUCAAACAUUGAUUGUCUUAUUUCCAUAGGAACAAUAUUCGCCAUCUAUCAAAAGACUUCAACUGACGAGCCAAGUGAAAAGGAUGCCUUGCAGUCAGGCCGUAACAUUGUAGCGGCUGGUUAUGCCUUGUACGGCAGUGCCACAAUGAUUGUAUUGUCGUCAGGAAGUGGGGUGAACGGCUUCAUGCUGGAUCCAGCCAUUGGGGAAUUCAUCUUGGUGAACAAAGACAUAAAGAUUAAGCAGAAGGGAAACAUCUACAGUAUUAAUGAAGGUUAUGCAAAGUACUUUGAUCCUGCAAUCACAGAGUACCUACACAAGAAGAAAUUCCCCAAGUGCAGUAGCUCCCCCUAUGGCGCCCGGUAUGUUGGGUCAAUGGUUGCUGAUGUGCAUCGGACGUUGAUGUAUGGUGGCAUCUUCAUGUACCCUGCUAAUGAGAAAAACCCCAAAGGAAAGCUUCGACUCCUAUAUGAAUGCAACCCCUUGGCUUACAUUAUGGAGCAAGCGGGAGGCAUGGCCACAACAGGUACUAAACCAGUGCUCGAUAUCGUUCCAUGCACCAUUCACCAGCGGAUCCCAAUCGUACUGGGAUCCCCAAGUGAUGUUCAAGAAUACAUUGAUAUUGUAAAGAAGCACCAAGCCAAGUAAUAUGGGAUCAGUUUGGGGGUGUAACUAUCUUUGCUUGAACUAUCAGUAUGUGAUGCCUGUACAAAUAGAUAUCACUGAAAGUGUAAAAAUAAAUACUUGAACCAGU